GCGGACUAAGAUAUGCAACUCAACAUACAAGGUUUCUUAUCACAAGUUGUUCGAAAAACCACAUUGUAUCUAUUCUGUGGAAAAACGGUCACUUAUCAAGCUUUGAAGUUUUAGACACCCGAUUUCAAACAGUAUAGUCAGUAUACGUAUACAUGUGCACGUUUAAAUUAAACAAAUUAAAGUUAAAAGUAUUGAAGUUGGGAGUUCAAUAACUGAACCUUAUUGCGAUUUGCSUACCGAGUGAAAAAUAAGUCAAAUGAAUUUAAGAAACGACAUCGAAACAUAUCCAGGAUUUUGCUCUAAAUGUGGUUCAAUACUACCUUCAUUGAGUAUGGAAGAAUUUAUUAAGUGUUAUUCAUGUAAAACUGUUUUUGGACCAGAAAUUUAUGGAAAUUCUGUAGCUGAAUACAACAUUAUUUUGAACUCUGUAGAAGAUAUUGAUAAUGUGGUAAAAACUGAAUAUAACAAAAAUGAUGCAGAUGAUGGUCCAAUUGCCGAGAGAAGAUGUAGCAAAUGUGGUCACAACCAGAUGUCCUAUGCUGCUGUGCAGUUAAGAUCAGCUGAUGAAGGACAAACCGUGUUUUACACUUGUCUUAAAUGCAAAUUUACUGAAUCAGAAAACUCUUAAAACAGUUUCAAAAAUCUGGAAUAUAUUUUUGUACAUAUUAAUCAAGUUGAAUAAAGUUAUUCUUAUUUUUAAACA